AAUCCAUACUGGCUGACACAGGUCCAGCUCAUGGUGCCAGUGGGAUUGGUCCAGAAGCUGCUCAGCAAUGUGGGGCAGCACUGGCACUAAUGCCACCAGCCAACAGGCAGGAGCCAUGUAAAUGAGAAGGACUGGGCAAACUUGGGUCUGUCGGCACUUGCCUGCAAAGAUUGUGUUGCUUGCCCACUCCUCCCUUUGCUUUUAGCACCCUCUGCUUCUGAUGGGAAGGCGUGGGGCAGCAGGGCUCCAUUAGCAAUCAGCCAUAAAGUUUUUGGUGGUAUAAGUCAUCUUAUUGCGUUAUCCCCUCUGCUGCAGUGCUCAGCACCAUCCUCUGCUUUCUGCAGUCCAGCUUGAGGACUGCUUCUGCUUGGAUGCACAGUCAGAGCGUUUCUUGUCUCUCUUUCCAAGAAGUGAAAAUGCUUUGAAGCUUGUGGAUUAAGCUGUGUACAGACAAUGCAGCCUCACGAUGGGCCGCUGCCACGAGGGGCAGUUUUUCUCCCCCUCCUUAGAAAUUCUUUCCUCUAGGGAUAGAUGCAUGGUGAACCUGAUGAGGGAAUCUGUCUGGCUGAAAAUAACACUUUAUUUUCUUUUAAAAUGCAAAAGGGUUAUUUUCAGUGAAAUAAGUCCCCCUGUCAAGCUCACCGCAAGCUGCACAGACCCCAAUACUGAUAGGGAGGGGCUAGUCUUGCCUUGCCUUUUAAUGUGUCAUUCAUCACAGCCUUGAGCAGUUGCUAGGUUCAAGUAACUCUGUAAUGUAGUUUGAGCUAUUUCAUCACGAAAUGGAGAAGGACAUUGUCCUCUGUUUCAGCAGGGCGUGAUGAGGAUGCAUAUGUGAAAGAUCAUGUGGAGUCAUUUAGAAAUUUAAAACAGAUCCAAAGCUGUUGAGGGAGCCCUACCAUUUCACCCAUUCCCAGAAUAAGGUCUGAAUUAAACAUAGGUCAUGCCACAUGAUUUUGUAAGGUGUGGGGCUGCAUGUCCUCAAUUAGACCAGUGCAUUUUGUCAUAACAGGAUUGAUUGGUGACAGACAGAUCUGUCCUGAACAGCUGCAUGCAUCUGAUACCAUCUAUUUUUCAUAUGUACAAUCUGCUAGCAGAUAACCCCUUUAAAAAUAUUAAGGAUUGGAAAUAAUUCUUCAGGUAACAUGCAUCCUCAGAAACACACGCAUGCACAUGCACAAAAUCAAGAGGCAGGGUUGCGUAGAGAAGGGAUUAAGGAUAGGGGUGCUAUGGAGUUGAUCCAUGGCUGGGGAAUCCUCUCUUAAAGUGUGUCUCUGGGGUAAAUUUCUCCUUAUCUCUUCCCUGUCCUGGGUAAUUCACGGUGCUUCUAAAGCACAGUUUUUUUGUUCUGCAGAUAACCCCUGCAUGAUGUGAGUGAAGACACAGUGCCAGUUUUUCUUGUGUUGAGCAUUUUAUGUGACUGUAAAAAUAAAAAUUGAUGCUCCUCACUGCUCACUGUCUACAUUUUUUCCUCUAAUGUCUGCUCUGAGCAGUUAUAAAAAGGUUACUUGUGUUUUAGCAGGGAUUUAAGAUCAAGGAUUUUAUUAGCUUGCGGGAAGGCUCUUCCUUCCUGUCUGUGUUCAAACCGGAUAAUUUCUCUUCUGUUAGCAGCAGGAUCAAACCCUGAAAACCAAUGGAAAAGGCUUCCGUUGACCUAAAUGGUGCAAGGCCAAGCUUUUAGGCUCCUGUUAUGUGUGUCAAAGACUAAUUCUGUCAUGAGAAGUGUAAGAAGUGUAAGCAGCAAUAGCUUUACUGCAUAGUAACAGAAGAUUGUGCUUCUAAAAAUUCCUCUACAGAGUGUUUUUGCAGAGCCACCUCCCCAGGGUUCUCCAUCUGUUUUCACACAAAGAUUAAUAACAAAUUGUUUGGCUAAUAAACUUCUCCCUGCUAUCCUUGAAAUCUGACCAUUUAUUUUCCCUCCCUCCCAUGGACAGUUAUUGGAUUCCUGUCUGUCCCUGUGCUCUCACAUGGGAGACAUCACUAGUAUUAGAUGCACAGCAAUUGUCAUGCUUCAGCUCCACAGCAAGGCUUUUAAGGGGUGAAGAGCUCAGUGUAUGGCUGACAUGAGUUGAUGCAGUAGAUAGCUGUGUAGUGAUGAGAGCUGUCCUUGUUCUUACAGGAUGUAUAGAAAAGGAAGAGAGAAAAAAUAAGCUGUGUGUACUCUACUGUGACUUCUGCAAGAGCCCAUUUUUUGUUUGCAAAUAGGAAGAAAAUAUUCUUGGGGAAAAUGGGAUUGUGGCUUGAACCUGUUUGAUUCACCAGCAUCCCUGCGGGAUGUGGGGCUGAUGGUGGUGUUUCGAGGUGCUGUGUUCAGAAGUCUGGACCAGGUGGGAGAGCGUAUCCCAGCUGGUCCAUUGGUAGAAACAGAUGAGGAAAGAACAAACAUCUGUUGUGAAAACAAGCUUAAGAUCAGGAAAGAUCUUUGUGAUCUUUCAAUCUGACUGCUCCCUAAUACAAGCCAUAGGACUUUCCCACACUAAUACCUUUUCUAGUCAAGUACUGGUGACCAAACAGCUGCCAAGAUACCCAGUCCAGAUUUGGAAGUUUCCAGUGAUGGGACAACUUUCCACAGCCCUCUGUGAUGUAUAUCAAGUGACACCUACCACUUUGUUAAAACACCUACCUAACGUCUGGCCUGUGUUUGUAUCUUUCAGCUUUUUAUCUUACUGCAUCCUCCUCUGCUGGAUCAGAGGGUUCUCCUUCACCAUGUUUUUGUUUCUGAUGUAGACAGACUAAUAUCAGAUUUUACUUCCUUGUGCCUUAAACAGAAUAAUCUGGGCUUCUUCACUUCCUUAUCCCAAGGGCUCUGACCCAGCCACAGCAACGACACUUCUUAGGGGCUUGUCUCCCAUAGCCCGUUCCCUCCCCUGUUCUGAGCUCAGGAGCAAGAGAAGUAGAAACUGAGCUGCCACCCCUUGACAAACAUGCUGUUGAGGUGUUUCUUUCUAGUCCUGGUGGAAAUUCACAGUGGCAGUAGCUGCUAUAGCGGGGGUGGGAACAUAUGACAUAGCAAAAUAACUGGGGGGAUCGCAGGGCAUCUUCCGGUUAUUAAUCAGCAUCCCACCUGACCAGUGAGCACAAGAACUGGACAUGGAUUUCCAGUGCCUAUCUGUGACAGAUUCCUUGCUUCUCCUCUCAUAGUUAAGGCUGACAUAAUCCUUUAGGCUUUGGCGUUGCACUGAGAACUGAUGUUAGUUUAUCAUCUACUGUGAUUUUAACCAAUGUCACAGCUGUAUAAACCUUAAGGAAAAAAAAACUUCAACCACAAAUCUUUGCCUGUAGCUUUAUGUUGGUUUUAGAUGUUACUGGCAAGUCAUCUCCUUUUCAAAGCAGUGGGGACUGAUCGUGGAACUACAGCCAGGAUCUUUGUGAAUCUAAUCCCAAAUCAACUUCCGUUUCUCCAGACCUUUAGUAGAUCACCCCAACAGUGAUAGUUUUGGCUUCUCUGUAGCUCCAGGCCUGUUUUCAGUACCUCUGGGAGGGGAAUCUCACUGUUGUUUCAGGGGCUUAUUAGGCUCAGUCAUAAUUUUUGGAUUUCAUAGAUGCAAGCCAUGAAGUUUUAUUGCUAAUUCUCAAAGAAAAAUGUUAGAGCCUAUUGUACUUACUGGAUGAAUUUACUACAAAGAGUGAGUUUAUUCCAUAUAAUAAAUUUAUUCCAUUUCCCCAUAAAGGCAUUUUUAAAAAACACUGAAUGAAAACUUACAUGAAUUCCACUGAUGUGAAAAGAUCUCAGAGUCCUGCCAAUAUUAACAUGUUAAGAGCCAGAGCUUGCUAUCUUUGAAGUCAGUGGAUGGUUUGCUUUGGAAUUAAAAGGAGGAAGUGGAAAGUGAAGUAUUAGAUUUCACUGUGAAGUUUCUUGCAUAUCCCGUUCCUCUUUUAUAUUAUGGUAUGUGUAAAACUGGCUAUCUUCAUGAUGCUUCCAAACAGAUGUAAAGGCUGUGUUCCUCAGGCAGACAAGGUACAAGAACUGUAUUGAGAAAUUGCUUCUCAUUAGCUCAUUUAUGUUUGGGGGGGGGUUCUGGGGGGGAGGGGGAUGGUGGAGGUGAUGAGAUGCUUUUCCCAGAGACCAGAAAGGUCUCUGGGGAAAAAUCCCUUCUUGUUUUUGCUCCAUUCUCUGUUGAGGUUUCAAAAAAUAAUCUGAAUUGUUGAGUUCUUCAAAGCCAUGUAGAGCCAAUUGGUCAGUCUUAGGUGUUAAAGUGACACAAAUAAAAGUUGUGUGUGUUUGUGAGAGAGAGCGUACGGGGCAUAAAUAGUUGAUCUAGAGUUCUGCAAAACAUUUCAAAACAAACUAGAAAAAUCUUGUAUCAGUGGGAAGACCAGGACCAUGCUGCCACAUCUAAAAAUGCUCAACUAGUUUCUAGCAUCUGUUCAGGUAAAACAAUUUCCCUGGCAUUGUGUGGGCUAUAAACUAUGAUUACUGUGUUUCUUAGUUUCCUGUUAAAGAGAUGAGUUAGAUACUAGGUAGAAGCUUAAUUAUUGGUCAUGUGCAUUUUUUGAAAUAUAAAUGUGAAUGUUCAACAGAGGUCUUCAGAGGUUGUUAAAUGUUAUUCAGUGUAUUCAGAUUUGUACCUAAAUACUAAAUGAAUACUUGGCACGGUCAGUUUCGUAAUUGUUAUGAUAUCUGAGAACGAUUAAUCCUGCUUCGUCCAUGUCCAUGGAGGAUUGUCUGUCUCAAUGCCUCUUUAAUUAUAUGUUUUUUACUUAGGCAGCUUUCCCACAGAUAACAGUGUCACUUGAUAUUGCUGUUAAUUUUGCUUGAAUGAGGAGAAAAAACUGAAGCUGCUGUAUUUGUUAACAAAGCUUUGAGAAGAUUUGGGUUGUUUUCCCUGCACAACCAGGAGACUUGGCUGUGGUUUCCAAUUCCCUCCCUAGUGAAGUCAUCUUAAUAGUAAUUUUGCUUUAAAUCCACUGUAUAUACUGUAUUUUUAAGGUUUGACAGCACUACAUAAUGCUAAAUUGGUAUGGAUUGAAACAUCAUUCAUUUUGACAUCAUUUGAUUACUUUUUGUAAUACCCUUGCAAUGGGCAGUAAAUCAGAAGACACUCAAAAUGAGAAAGUCUGGCACCAAUAUACCUGUUGUAAUGAGGAUGAGCACAGUAUUCCUGCUGCAGCUGUCUAAUCUAGGCCAAUCCCUUAAAUCAGUCAACUUCUUUUUCCUCUAUGGUUUUGUUUCUGCAUUCUCAUGUGUAUGGGCCAAAACUAUUGUCUUCUGUUUGCUUCCAGCAUUGCAGAGGAAUAUUAAAUUCACCCAGUAAGCUGUGCUUGUUUAAUCUCUUUUUAUAAAUGUUAUUACUCUUUCCUUUUCCAGUAGCUUUGGUUUGUUACAUUUAAAAUUGGAACCUGAGAAUCAGGAUUAGGUGAUAUUACAAAGCAUGUAUCCAUGUAAUAAAAUUGAAGUUCAGGACAGUAAUAAGGAUCUUCAGAUGACACUUAAACCAGUUGAAAGUAACCCUUUAUGGGAAAACCAUGACCAUUUUUUCUGCUUGGUAAGAAAAAGACACUUUUUCAGCCUUCUUUGUCAUUUUAGGCUGGGAAUGGAGUGCAUAAUUUGGAUGUCAGCAGUGGGACAUCUUACCAAAGCAAAGCAUCCAUGGGACCAUUGCCUAAUCAAUGACUUCUAAGUGCAGGACCUGUUAGGUUGGAAACAAGUGCUGCAAGAUGCCAAGUGAGGGUCUUGAGAGCAGCAGUGGGAUGGAGGAGACAGUGCAGAAAGAGAGCAAGUCUGGAAGCCAGAGCCCUCGCCAUGGCUCCAUGAGAAGGGCUGUGGCAACCACUGUCACCUUUGAUGGGGAAGCCACUAUGGACCGGAGGAAAAAGAAGAAGAAAGAGUCUCGUCCUGAGUCAAUAAUAGUGUAUCGGUCAGAGAAUGAGAAUAAGGUGGAAGAAGAACAGGUGGAUGAAGAAGGAGGGGAGAGGAGCUCUGAGGAAGGCUCCAAGUUCCUGGGUCAGUCCAUGGCAGAUGGUGUCUGGAACAUGCCUUUAGACAGCCGCUAUGUCACCUUGACUGGAACAAUCACCAGGGGAAAGAAGAAGGGUCAGAUGGUGGACAUCCAUGUCACACUAACGGAUAAAGAGCUACAGGAACUGGCGAAGUCAAAGGAGCCCCCUAAAGAGGACAUGCCUGAGAAGAAGAAAUGUGAUGUUGGGCUGGACAGAGGACCCCACGUUGUUCUCUGGACCAUCAUCUGCCUCCCCAUCAUUUUUGUAGUGUCCUUUGUGGUUUCAUUCUACUAUGGAACCAUUACAUGGUACAACAUCUUCUUGGUAUACAAUGAAGAGAGGACCUUCUGGCACAAAAUCACAUUUUGUCCCUUUUUAAUCAUCUUCUACCCAAUUAUAAUUAUGGUGGUGUCUUUUUCCCUAGGCCUGUACUCAGCUGUGGCGCAGGUAGCAUGGUCCUUUGGGUACUGGUGGCAUGCUGUCAGGGAUAUGGAGAAGGGCUUCUGUGGCUGGCUCUGCAGUAAGCUGGGUUUGGAAGAUUGUUCUCCAUACAGCAUUGUUGAGCUGCUAGAUUCUGACAAUAUCUCAGGUUGCUCUUAUGGAAGAGCUGCUGGACCUUCUCUUUCAGAACAGGGGAGUCCCUGAGCCCGUGUUUGUUAGUGCCAGUGCAAAUUGCAUUAGUGCCUCAGCUCUGGAAAUCUGCAUCCCACACACACUUCCUCGUUAAUUAUACGGAUGAGCAAUGGAUUAUAUAUCCUCCUCUCCUCAUGUCUCAUUUUCAUAAUUGGUUUGCCUCCUUUUGGGACUUUGCAUGGCAUCUUAGUGGGCUCCCAGACCAGGCUGAGGUGGCCACCAUAUGCUGGAAAAAAUUUGUCUCUUCAACAAAAAGACUAGCAGAAAUGUUCUUUUUCUGGAUUGACUCUUAGGUUUCUGGCCUAAGGAGGACACAGGGAAAAUGAAAGAGACGUAUAACGGACUCUAUUGGGGACUGAGUUACAUGUCUGAAACAUGAAUAAUUUUCUGAGUGCUCUAGUUCAGCUGGUGUUGCUAGUAAGUCUGGCUCAGCCCUAACCCAGAGGAGCCUACCAUUUGCAUGCGUGUACGUAGAUAAUUUGUAGUGUGCAGUCAGUCAGGCUGCACAGUCACUCAUGUCUGUAUAGAUGUUUCACUUCCCCAGUCUCCCUACCAGAGGGGGAGCUGCUCUAGUUUUAGGAUGGUAAAGAGAAGCAUUCAGAAGCUGGAUUUCACAGGAACUAAUGCUUUGUGUUGCAUUUCAAGGAGGAGCUCAAGACUACACUGUCUGUCCUGGUUAGGACAUCUGGGAACCGGUGAUGUAUAAACAAGUCCAUCCAAUCCUCUAGGCAUGACACUGAGAAAUAAGUGAAGUCCCUGCUGCGUCCAUGGUCUGUCCCCUUCUGGGAGGUCCAGCCAAAGCAGCCUCUUAGCGCUGCCGUGAGGAUGAACACUGUGAAUAGUGUAGAAGCCAAAUAUCAAGAGCAGGUUUGUCCCCACACUUUACCAAUAAAGCAGAGGUGCUCCCUGGGCACAGGUACAGCCAGGCUGUGUUUGCUGCUUUCUGAUGCACAGCUUGCAGUUUUUACUGGUUAAGUCUGACAGCUAAGGCUGACACAUGCCUGGGACCAGUUCAAGCAGUAAAAUGCCUUUCACAGGGCUGUUUCAAUCAGGGAGCUUGACGUGCUGCUGAAUCAAUAGAGAAGUCAAGGAUAAGUCAUGCCAGUGCUGGCAGUCUGUAGUGACCCAGUGCAGCCACUCUGCUUAAUACUCUUCCACAUGGAAAUUGCAGGCUCCCACAUGGCUGGAGGGUGGGAAGAAGUAAUGCUUAACAAGCAUUAAUGGGAAGGAAGGCCUGCUGGCAAGUGUUCUCACGCUUUGCCUAGAGGGACACUGCUGGCAUGAAAGGGGUGGAUUGUGUAUCUUGGCCCCAACAAGUGGGUUUGAGAGAAGGAUGGCUGGCAAGUAUGCAUUGCUGCAGAAGGACAAAACCCAAUUCAGCUGUCACUGCCAAACAGCAGCUGUUCAAGGCUAGACGAAAGGCUGGGGUCAGUGGCACAAAGAGCCUUCAGCUUACAGAGGGCUUGAAUGAUAAAUACUAGCUCAUUACAGAACACAGCCAUGUGAAAUGUCUGUUGAGCUGCAGGAUUUGCUUUCAGGAUUGUAAAUAGCCUGCCAGAGUGGGGACAAAACCAAAUCUGUGCCUCUUACUGCUAUGUAGACACAGAGAAGUGUCAGAGAAGUCAUUAAUACCCUCCCUCUGCCGUGGCAGCUAUGCUGGGAUUGGAGGCCACCUUUCUGGGGAUAUACUGGAACAAUCCAUUGUGUGUUUUCGAAUUUACACUUAACCAAGCUUGCCUCUGCACCUGCUGAAGUCAGGGUGUUCUGCCACUGAUUUUGGUUGGGGCUAGUUUAAGCUUGGGAUUAGUUCUGGUGCUAUUUAUAAACAUCUUAUUGAAAAUUUUCUCAUAACAAGUCUGGAUAGCUUUCUCUUUUGCUCCUGGAAUGAUUUGCCUGCUGCAAAAUAUAUAAUAAUUAUCAAUUGUUGUAAUAGAAAAAAGCACAAGUUUUUGUCUUGUUCUACCCUUGCUUUCAGAAACUCACAAGUAAUUUCUGCUUAUGUGCCACUGUCAAACUGCAGGGAAUUCCAGUUAUUCUGAUUGUUGAGUGUGUUUCUGGCUGCUGUAGUCGGGAUGUUUUGUUAAGUAAAGAUAGUGUACGUUUGCUGAUUGUUAUUUUUAAUUGCAUUCCCUUUUCCCAUCCUUGCUGGCCUGGGUGGAGAAUAAAUAUGUACGUGGCUUUAGAA